UACCGGUGGCUUUUUGUAGUUGGGAUCACCGCAGGAGAAAACCGGGCUAUAAUUUUGAACCGUAAAUUAGUUCGAGUGUCUCAAUAAAAACCGUUCUACAGUUAAACAUGAAGCCACAAACAGCUCUGCUGCUGCUAGUUGUUCUUACCAUUGCAGUCUCAAUUGUUAGUUCCCAAACAACUGUUAAUGUUUAUGUCAAAAGUUGCCUGAUUUGCAAACGAAUGGGAGGUCAAAGCUGUCAAUCGUGUACUCCAGCCCAAAUUCCUCCAUGCCCGAAAGGGUAUUUCUAUUGUGCAAAGACGAAAGUGACCAGUUGCUCAACUUGCAAAUCCUUCGCAAACACAAUUUACCCUGGUUACUGUGACAUCUCUCGUGACAAUGUUCUCACUUGCAUCAACGAUAUACCCUAAGAAACUAAGCGAUAAAUUAGCUAGAGGCAUAUAAGAAAUAUUUUAUAAAUAGUUUUCAGUUAAAUAAACAAUUUUAGUUAGUUUUUGUUAACAAACAUCA